AUGCACAGCCUUCACCGGAAAGAGGAGGGGGCGGGCGCGUUUCCCGCGUCCCCAGCGUCAAAAAAGAAUUUUACAAGGAAACCCCCUCGCACGACACUGGGCACAGGACUGGGCACGGGACUGGCUCGCACUGGCACUAACACAGUGGUCCAAGUCACCUCAUCGAGGUACUGGGCGAAAGAAAACACCGAGCCCGGCACGAGCGCGGACGUCUUCGGCCUCGAGCAGCGCGGCGCUGUCGGGGACGGCGACUUCAGGCCGAGCGACGGCGGCGGCUAUGUGGCGUACAAGAAGGCGGACUACGCGCACGCCCUCUCGCGCUCGGACACCGACGUGCAGAUGUACCUGUUUGAAACCUUCGGCGGGUGGUGCAACGCGGUCAAACGGCUGUUCUACCAGAUGAAGGACAAGGUGCGCAACAAGCUCUCGAAGCGGCAGCACGAGGACGAGGCGAGCUGGUCGACGCGGUCGUGGCUUUCGCUGCAGGCCCAGCGCAUGUCAGUCGCGCUGCAGCUCGCGGCGGCGGAAGAGAUUGCGACCGAGCUCAGGCUCGCCGCGGCGUCGGAGGACGCCGCCGUCGCCUAG